AUGAAAGUUGAAGACGAAGCAACUUAUGAGCUUAUCAAAGACGAACUGAUGAAAGCAGAAGACGAAGCAACUUAUUGGCUAAUCAAAGAAGAACUGAUCAAAGCAGAAGACGAUGUAAUCAUCUCACGUUAUCUGAAGCGUAUGAUCGUUAACGGGGAUUCGUGGCCUGAUCACUUCAUCGAAGAUGUAGACGUGUUCAACAAGAAUCCAAAUGAGGAGUUUCAUUCUCAGAGCCCUAGAUUCGUGAUCGUUAAACCACGAACAGAGAAUUGUGGUAGAACCGAUGGAUGUCAAUCUGGUUGCUGGAGGAUCAUUGGUCGUGAUAAACUGAUAAAAUCGAAGGAGACUGGGAAGAUUCUAGGGUUCAAGAAGAUUCUCAAGUUCUGCCUAAAGAAGAAACCUAGAGAAUACAAGAGAAGUUGGGUAAUGGAAGAGUACAGGCUUAACAAUAACUUGAACUGCAAGCAAGAUCAUGUGAUUUGCAAGAUUCGGUUUAUGUUCGAUGCUGAAAUCAGUUUCUUGCUAGCCAAGCAUUUCUCGUGUCUCUCCACUAGAUCACCGCUUCCUGCAAAUCAAUUGUUGCCAGCUUAUGGAGUCUGUUUCUUCGAUUCAGAAGCGGAGGGUGCAUUUUAUCUGGAGACGAUAAUCGGUUAUGAUGGAAACACUUGGCCUAGCUACGUUACCAACGAUGUGUACCGUUUGCAUCCGUUGACGCUUGUGGAUCCUCAAGAUGACAAGUUUAAAGAGUUCGGAACCUGUAUCUUUGCUAACAGGACAAAGACUUGUGGUAAAACCGAUGAAUGUGAUGGUGGUGGUUGCUGGAGGAUCGUAGAAGGUCAUAGAGUUAUCAAGUCAAAAGGUAAGGUUCUUGGUUACAGGAGGAUUUUUCAAUUUUCGGAAAAUGAGGAACCAAGAAAUGUUUGUGAAGGAGAAGAUCCGAAGAAAACUGCUUGGUUCAUAGAAGAGUAUAGGCCUGACGAAAAUAAUAAGAAGGAUAAAGUGUUAUGCGUUAUCAAGUUCUUAAUCCCACUCAACCAAAGGUAA